AUGUCUAUUUGUUUGCUCAUCAGCAAAAAUGGAAGCCAUAAACCGAUUCAUCUACCUCACCUACAGACAGUUGUCUUGGGUCGGGGUCCAGAAACAACGAUAAAAGACAAAAAAUGUUCCAGGGAGCAGGUUGAGCUCAAGGCAGACUGCAACAAACGGCAUAUCAGUGUAAAACAACUGGGUGUCAACCCCACUAGUGUGGACAACGACGUGGUGGGUAAAGGCAACCAAGUGAGGAUGAGAUCUGGCCAGCAGCUGCACAUGGUCAAUGAGCUGUACCCGUAUACCGUGUGCUUCAAAGAGGAUCCGUCCAACUCUCAGUCCAGCACAGAGGACAGCGUGGGCACCAAGAGGCCCCGUGGGCCUGCCUCAGAGGAGCAUGAGCUUCACAGAGGUCCCCCUGGGCAUAAAGUACCAAGGAAAACAGAGGACUCCACUCAGUGCAAACAUGGAGGGUCCAUCUCCACCAACACAUGGCCUGAACCUCACACAACAGAGAAAACUGAAACUUUAGGAUAUUGGAGCCAAGGAUUGAAAGCCUCAAUGCAAGACCCCAAAAUGCAGGUCUACAAGGACGACAGAGUAGUUGUUAUCAUGGACAAGUACCCCAAGGCUCACUAUCACUGGCUGGUCCUGCCCUGGGAGUCCAUCCCCAGUCUGAACACACUGCGCAGGGAGCACUGUGAUCUGUUGAGGCACAUGAACCAGGUAGCGGACAGGAUUGUACAACAGCAGUGCCCCGAUGCCGGCCUGCUACACUUCCGCCUGGGCUACCACGCCAUCCCCAGUAUGAGCCAUGUCCACCUCCAUGUGAUCAGCCAGGACUUUGACUCCCCGUGUUUAAAGAACAAGAAACACUGGAAUUCAUUCACAACCGACUAUUUCAUAGAAUCUCAAGAAGUCAUUCAUAUGCUGGAAAAGGAUGGGAGGGUCACAGUAAAAGAAGGGACAAAUGAGUUGUUGAAACUACCUCUCCGCUGUCAUGUGUGUGGCAUGGCACUGUCCACCAUACCACAACUUAAGGAGCACCUGAAAUCUCACCCCUAUGGUAGAUUGUGA